UGAGCGGCGCGCACAGCCCUCGCUUCUGCUUCCAGUGAGCACAAACCACGACGUCGCGCGGGAAAACACCGUGCGCCUGUAGGCUCCCCAGAAGGAGUCAAGGAAGACAGCGGACAGGCAGGAGAGGGACGGCAGGUGGGGCCACGGGGCCGGUGUGAGCGCAGCCUGUCCUCCGCGCGCACAGCACCCACCGGCGGGCCGGGGCAGCGCCCGCAGACCCCGCUGCCAGCUGACACCGCGUUUUUCCUCUUUCGUUUUCGAUGACUUCGGAGCUGUGACACGAGCACAGCUCUAGGCCUUGCUUUACCGAGGCGGCGGGGUCUCCGCCUCGCUCCUCAGCGCACGGGAAGACCGAGAAAAGCCGGUCGUGUGGGCGCUGUGCUGCGGCCCUCCAAGGCGAGGGCGACUGCGGAGAGUGUGUGUGACUGCGGCCGAGCCUGGCUUCCGGGCCUGGGGCGCUGCUACGCCCGCGGCGGCCCGAGCGAGGCACGGAAGCGGCCGGCCGGCUCGCCAUGCGGUGGCCGCCGUGCCUGCUGCUCUGGCUGCUCGCACCGGCCUGGGGACAGUCCGAGGGUGAGCGGCGGUGCGCGCAGACGGGCGGAGAGCAGGGGCGCUGCGGGCGGCGGGCCGCGCUCACGGCGCGCUCCCGGUCUCCAGCCCAGCAGAACUUCACCCUCCGCUGCCUGCAGAUCUCGUCCUUCUUCAACAGCAGCUGCUCGCGCACAGACGGCUCGGCCUGGCUCGGGGAUCUGCAGACUCACCGGUGGGACAAUGCCUCCGACGCCAUCCAGUUCCUCAGGCCCUGGGCCCAGGGCACAUUUAGUAACGAGCAGUGGCAGAAGCUGCAGCGCGUGUUUCAAGUGUAUCGGCUUAGCUUCACCAGGGACAUACAGGAAUUAGUGAAAAUGUUUCCUGAAGGACACCUACACUGUGAGUGGAGGGAGCCCGGAACAGAUCCCAUUGAGCUGCAGAUGUCUGCUGGCUGUGCCGUGUGCCCUGGGAAUGCUUCGGAGAGCUUUCUCCAAGUAGCAUAUCAAGGAGAACAUAUCGUGAGUUUCCAGGGAACUUCCUGGCAGAAGGCCCCGGAGGCCCCACCUUGGAUAGAGCUGCCCAUCAAGGUGCUCAACAGUGACCAAGGGACGAAGGAAGAAGUGCAGCGACUCCUGAAUGACACCUGCCCCCAGUUCCUCCGUGGCCUCCUGGAGGCAGGGAAGACAGACCUAGAGAAACAAGAGAAGCCUGUGGCCUGGCUGUCCGAAGGCCUCAGUCCUGCACACAGCCACCGGCAGCUGGUGUGUCAUGUCUCCGGCUUCUCCCCAAAGCCUGUGUGGGUGAUGUGGAUGCGGGGUGACCAGGAGGAGCAGAACACCCACAGAGGUGACGUCCUGCCCAACGCUGAUGGGACGUGGUACCUCCAGGCAAGCCUGGACGUGGAGGCUGGAGCUGCGGCUGGCCUGGCCUGCUGGGUGAAGCACAGCAGUCUGGGAGGGCAGCCCAUCGUCCUCUACUGGGCAGGUGGCAAGCCGUUAACCACGGGCCUUCUGACCCUGAUCGUCUUCAUGCUCCUCACAGUUGUGUCCUGUAUGUUCAUCGCCGUCUACCACACCCGGAAGCGCUGCUUCUAUCAAGACAUCCUGUGACCCUAGCACCUGCCUCUCCCAAAGCUCAGACCUUCCAGCUCUCGGACUUCAGUCCCGUCUGCUCAGGGACCGAGCAUCACAGAGAAGAGUCCUGGAGAAAGGAAGAGCAAGCCAGCUUCUAACGAUGUUUAAAGGGUGUUGAUUUAUUUUACAAGUUUCUAAGCUUGGUGCUUCAGAACAAGCACAGUCGCCGAUGUGUAAUUACAGGGACCAGCUGUGGGCAGGGUUUCAGGGAAUUUGCACUGAACUGGAAAGCCACUUCCCACCCAAACACAUGCAUCGGGGUUUGUUGGCAAGGGUAAAGUCCAACAUGGCUGUUCUCGGUACUUUUCAAGAUAACUAGAAAUAUGGAUUUUUACAAUGACAAACUGAUUUUUAAAAGUGUUAGAUGCCAACACUUUAAGGGAGUGUCAGAUACCAACCUGCUGGCUGACGGCACCAAGGGCUUCCAGCCUAUGGCUCUUUAAAAAGUGCUUGUCUUAAAUGGCACAGUGACUAUUUCAGAAAAUAGUCUCUAUUGCAAAUCUGCAUUAAUGGCUGAAACGUGUUUUAGCUUUAAAAUAAAAUUAAAAUGUAAGACGCAGAGGUGUCCAGAGGUUUCACUUGGAGUGACAGUAUUUAAAAACGAGAAGUCACCAAAUACACCUAUUUUGUUGGAAAAAGAAAAACCUGCUCUCCUUGGGUUAUUUCUCUCAAACACGGCUCUAACGUGCAUCCAGAACAUCCCUCAAGGCCCCGAUGGUGAAGGUCUGGCUCCCACCCUGGCACUGUCAGGAAGCGUUGGCUACCACUGCAGUGAAGGAGGAAAGUUGGCGUCGGCACUGCCACUGUCAUAGCAGCACGGGUCCCUCCCAGGGCCUCGCUCACAGCAGGACUGUGGUUCCUGGACUUAGACGGAACUCUCGGGAAAGAAAACAGUAGGACAAGCAAGCAGGAGAUCUGGGAAGAUUCCAGGGGUGGGAAAUGGAUUAAGUUAUGUCUUCAAGAGCGUCAGGGAGUCACACACCUUGAAAGACAGAGUAGACACGUUAGUUCUCUGUUUCGGGCGUUUGUUCCCGGCAGUUUUUGCUGAGGGAACAGAAAACCACUCACCUCCCUGGGGGAAGAGGGCCUUGAACUCAAAGUCAAAUUUUACCCUUUGGGGCUAUCGGGGAAGAAAUAUUUAAUAUUUGGUUUAGCCUUGUGUUAUACUAAAUGCUACUCUGGUGACCUGGCUGAACUCAGGCUGUAUAUAAGAUAGGAAGAAAGAAAAGCUAGCUACAGUAAUUGUCAGUUUCCCAUUUAGGGCGUUUUUGUUUAGUUGGUUUUGUUUUGUUUUGUUUUGUUUUGUUGAAGCUAUUUAAACCCCCUGACAUGGUUGUCUUUAAUCUGGGAAUGAGUUACAAGUGAUUUCCUCAAAGACCCAGUGCUGACUUACUUUCAGUUUAGCCCAACAAUUGGAAAUAAAUUAGAACUUGGCAAUUUUC